AUGGUGGAUCGGCAAAAAGCACUACUAAUGAUGUUAACAGCUCUCUUAAUUUAUCCGAACGACAUUUUUGGCGACAAUCAUAUUCAGCACUCGAAGGGCGGUGCUUUUCCACCCGAAUUCGCUGAUACUAUCCAAAAUGUAACGGUAUCGCUGGGAAGGGACGCAACUUUUACGUGUCUGGUCAAUCAUUUAGGGGGCUACAGGGUUGGUUGGCUGAAAGUGGAUACUAAGGCGAUCCAGGCGAUCCACGAUCACGUAAUAACUCACAAUAACAGGGUCUCGGUAUCUCAUAGCGACCAUACUACGUGGAAUCUUCACAUAAAGAACGUACAAGAGGAAGACGAGGGACGCUACAUGUGUCAGAUUAACACAGAUCCGAUGAAAAGUCAGAUAGGUAUGUUGUCGGUUGUCGUGCCACCGGACUUUAUUCCCGAAGAAACAUCUAGUGACGUCAUGGUACGCGAAGGAGGGCAGGUGAAGCUAACGUGUCGUGCAAGAGGCGUGCCUGCACCUAGCAUAUUGUGGCGCAGAGAAGACGGGAAGAACAUUAUAAUUCGAAAACCAUUUGCAGGAAACGUCUUGAACCAGAAGUCUCAUGUGACUUCAGUGAACGAGUACCACGGCGAAGAACUAAGACUGAUGAAGAUUUCGAGGAACGAAAUGGGAGUUUAUCUGUGUAUCGCUAUCAACGGUGUGCCACCGGCAGUCAGCAAACGUAUUUCUAUCAACGUCCAUUUUUCGCCGGUAAUUCAUGUGCCUAAUCAACUGGUAGGUGCUCCUCUGGGUACGGAUGUAGUCUUGGAAUGUUUUGUCGAGGCUUCACCCAAGUCGAUUAAUUAUUGGGUCAAGGAUAACGCGAUGAUAAUAUCGAGCCAACAACAUGACGUGCAAAUAAUUGAAAAAUCAAGGUUCGAGGUCCAGAUGGUGUUAACAAUUCGCAAUUUACAAAAAGACAACGUGGGUACUUACAAGUGUAUGGCGAAAAAUUCUCUUGGUGACGUUGAGAGCAGUAUUCGAUUGUAUAAAAUUUCAGGCCCUGCGAAAGCUCAAACAGCCGCUCGGCCAUCUGUUUACGACGAAGAAGAUGAAACUGUCUAUGGUUCGGCACAAAUUGAGAAAAUCGAAAACAAGCUUCUAUCUGUGGAUAACACGAUCAAUGGAUAUGUAGAGUAUCCAUCGGUUGCAACUUCAAUGCCGACUGUAAGGAUCGGUAAGAAGAGGCAAACGAUCGGUGCGAAUUCCAACGCGGAUCAUCGCCGACAAGCCUCUGAUCUCCUUAUCGUCCUAAUGCUCAUUAUCGGUCAUCAGAAAUGUCAGUGA